AAUGAAUUCUGCAUGUUUAUUUGAUCUUCCGUUAAGCGUACAGAGGAUAGGUCACUCAUGUACAAUCGUGGGCGAUAUUAUAGUCAUUAUUGGAGGUUUGCGUGGAAGGGUAAGAUAUUAUUUUAGCUUGGAUAUUCUACCAUCUGCUGCCCACGAGCCUGUAAAAUACCUAUCUAAUGGAUCUUCCUUGGUCUAUUGUGAUAAGCGCUUUAUAGCUUGUGGAGGAUUAGGGAAUGAGUACAUGAACAUAUCUACUUUAGGUCCAGAUAAAUAUUCUGGAUGGCUAGAAAUACAGCCAAAGUAUAAUAGAAAGCCGAUUGAAAGAAAUAAACAUUCGGCUUGGCUAUUUAAGAAUAAAUUUUACGUUUGGGGAUGCUUUGGAAAACGUCUUGAUUCUAGAAACAGUUUGUACUGCGAUUCGAAUGUUAGCUCGAACGUUUCCUAUAAGGAUAAUAGAGAACUAGUUUGUUUUGAGGAUCAAGUAUUAGCCUUCAAUUUCGAAAAUAAAAUAUGGGAAAAAGUAAAUACUUAUGGUAAUAUACCAUGCCCUAGAGCUGGACAGGCUGCUGUUUUAGUUAAAAAUGAUUUAUUUAUGUUUGGAGGAAGAUCAAAGCAAAGAAGAAUGAACGAUAUGCAUAAAUUAAACAUGCUUACCAUGAGAUGGAGUGUCUUGUUUAACGAUUCAGAAAAGAAAAGUAAACCAACCGGCAGAUCAUUUCAUACGCUGUCUUAUUUUCAAAAAUCUAAUUUUCUUUUUCUUUACGGUGGCCUAUCUUUCGAAGGGAUACCACUGGCUGACGAGUGGAUCCUUAAACUUGAUUCUCUAGACUGGUUCUGUAUCUCUAAAAAUGCUUGUAGGCCAAGGCUAUGGCAUGUAACUUUGCCAACUUUGGAUAGUAUGGCUAUAACAAUAGGUGGUGUGAGCAAUAAUGCACAAAAUAUCGGACUUAGCGACUACCCUUACCCUAUAAAGGAGCACAGAUUUGGUCCAAGUUCCCUCUAUAGAAUCUGCUUCAAAAUUGUCUAUAAAGGAAAAUCACAAUGGAAUCUACUACCACAAUCUAUAAAACAGGAAUUGCAUAAUUGGUUUAUAUUUGAUCAAAUGAGCGAGCUAAGAAUAAUUCAUGGCAAUGAAAAUUUACAACAAAUUUUCAAAUGA